CAUUAUUUGACGAAAGAUUGUGGUUGCAAAAAACAUGUUUGUUUGGGUUGAAUCACGCAUCCGACGUAAAUAUCAAUUAAAUUUUGUCUGAGAACAGUUAGUUAACAGAUUUUUUUGCCGCCCAAUUGGAUCAACUGGUGAAAAGGUUGACUUGUAAAUGUCUCCGGAUUUAUUCAAUUUCUAUGAUUCUAUCGAUUCAUUAUUGGCGCGUAUCAGCUGUUCGUUGAGGGAUUCAAAUUCUGAAACUAAAGAAAUAUCGAAUGAUAGUCUGCUGGAAUUGGAAUCUCUAUUCGGUCAAGCACUUCUGGGACGGGCGUUGAAUUUAGUGUACAACAAAACACCGAUUAAACUGUAUCGCACCACAAACGGGACUGGACAGUUGUUCGAAGUACACGGUUCCAAGCUAGACGUCGUCUACCAGAUCUAUCCAGGGGUCAAUUUUUGUACAUGUGAAUCGUUUCGCUACUGGGUUCUACAGCAACAACACCAACCUACUUGCAAGCACGUGUUAGCGACACAAUUGGCGCUGCCGUUGGGACGUCUCACCGAGAUUACCAUUAAGGAUAAAGCUUAUGUCGAGUUGAAAGCUGAUCUGAUCAGAGCAAGGUUUCGCUCUUUGCAACCAUCAAAUGCAAGUGCAGGCGAAGGCUCAUCGAAACACUAA